AUGCCUGGACGAGGAUGGCUUUUAUUGGAGGUCGUAGCUUCACUGCUGGUCGCCAGCGACAGCUUCAACCGGCAAUUGCAAUGCAGCCGGGACUGGAAUGCAUCCAACGUGGUGCCCCUCUGCCUACCCUGCGUGGUGCCCGAGGGGAUCGACACCUGUAUGUACGACUUCUCAGGAUGUGGCUUCCUUCCUUCUGGAUCCAUCUGCGAAAUCCACUGCAAGGCACCAUAUCUGGGGAACAGCACAAUAGCACGCUGUGCUUCGAAUAACCUACAAGAAGGGCUACCGCUGGAGUGGACGGCACCCUGGUGCAGCUUCAGCGACUGCCCUUACCCAACUGAGCUUCCACAAGGCUAUGUGCGAGACGCUCAAGGAGACGUGCACUGUGCCGACGGCUACAAAGGUCGUCCAGUGCGGCGCUGCAACACAGAUCCACAGGACGACUGCGCCAUUCGUCCAGCAGAUCUCGUUGGGUGCGAUCUUAUCGUGGGUUGCCGCUUCACGGAGGAGCAAGACUGCCAGCGCUUGGCUUCUUGGCAAGAAGGCCUGGAGAUGGCUCCGGGCGAAGUCUGCCGGGCGCCCUGCGUGGAACCCUUUGUGGGUCGUGGCCAUGAGCUCCGGUGUCCCGCGGACAACACGCAGCCGGAUCGUGAGCCUGACAUCGGAGAAGUUCAGUGCGACCUGCCUUGUCCUCCUCCGGAUCCACUGCCGUACGGCUAUGUGAACACUUCUGACAUCUGGGAAUGCGCUCCAGGCUACGCCGGUACCGCAGAGCUGAUCUGUGUCUUCGAUGGAGCUCCCUUCUGCCAGCGGCGUGUCGAACUGCAGGGGUGCUAUCCGCUAAUGCCAUGCGCAGACUUAGAGCUGCCGCAGGACUUGGCCCCAGAUCCUUGCAUCUACAACCUCACCGAGUGCAGAGGUGUGCUUCCUGGCGAGCGAUGUCAGCUGAACUGCCUUCCGCCCUUUAUUGACGGCGGUAUCCCACGUUUUGCUCGAUGCCCGGGAUUGAAUGUGAACCCCUUCCAAGAGCUUCUUUUCGACGAGCUGCCGCGGUGUAUUAUGGCGUGUCCAGACCCGCCGACCUUGCCGGAGGGCUAUGGGCGAGAAGAUCUUUUUGGGAGCAGUGAGUCGCAAUGGCGAUGUGAUGAUGGCUGGGUUGGCCAAGUCAACCGAACCUGCCUACAUUUUUCGAACUGCUCUUUCCAGGCGACGAUGGGACGGGCUGGGCUUACAUCCAAAUCAGUCCGUAGGAGAAAUAGGUCAGAAGGGCUUGCCGCGAUGCUCCGCCCAAAGCUGCAAGAGGAGCAGUCGAUAGACUCGUCAUGUGCGCAGUCUACAGCUCAACAAGGUACGUGUCACUCUGCGCUGCAAGCUCGCUGCGAAGGUACUUUUUGA